GUUAAGAUCAUCUCCGUCACUUAAAGGAUGGAGGUUAUCAGACAGUGAGGCUAAACCCAAAUCAAAUUUGGGGUUAUUUUGAUUUGACCGCUUCUGCUAGACCUUACGAAUUGUCGAGGUGACGCACCAAUAGCUUUACAACAGUUUGACCUUCAAUUGCUCAGUAACCUCCACGAUGGACGAUGCCACUGAAUCAUUGACAUUUCAGUGCACUGAUUGAUUAAACUAAGUAGUCGUCAUUCAAUUUAUUCUUGUGGACAAAAACGCUUAAAACGUAAACCACUACUUAUAAUGGUUAUGAAGCAACGUUUAAAACUUGAUCCGAAAGUAAGUUUGUGAUUCAUCUAUUACAACGAAUAAUAUAAGCUGUUUUUAGCUAAAAUAAAGGGAAAUCGUAGAAAAAUUUUUAGUAUGGUGGAGAAAUUAGCGGAACACUCCGUUUUAUUCAAACAACAUGCCAAAGAAUUUUCCAACAUAGCAAAAAAUCUUAUCUCUGCUAUGAAAUCUACAGAUGAUCAUACAGUUUAUCUAAAUUCCAUAGUGGAAACAGAACUCAUUAUUUUCUCGUUGAAUGUCAUGUUAAAAUCAUCAGGAGCUCGUCAUAUUUUAGUUGAAAAGGAAUUGUUUGCCUUAUUGAGUGAAUUAGAUCAAUCACUUAACAGUAUUUCACCUCCAUUUAAUGAUGCAACUUUGAGAGAACUGUCAAUACAGCACCAAAAUCGAGACCAGCAUAAUUCGAUUGAACAAGAUCCGGGUCCAGUGAGAAUUUCAAAUGACAAUAAUGAUAUUAAAUCAAGUGUAACUAAUCCUAAUGAAGAAAAUUGUCAAAUACUAUCUUGUGUUAAUAAUAAUAAUGUUAUUAAAGCUGAUUGCGGCUCCUCUACUGAGCGGCCAAAACGCAAAUCUUUAAAACGUGUGAGAAAGCUUAGUAGUAAUGAUGAGGAGUGUUUAACUUGUAAAUAAAUCAGUUUUUACAUGAUC